AUUUUAAGUUAAUCGGCUCAUCUGGCCGGGACGGCGAUAUGUCAUUGUCUACCCUUUAUUUAACCUAAAGCGUCUUUGAGAAGGACGUUUUAAUAAGCAACAGCUUGCACACGAUACCAUAAUCGCCAGGUCCUCUGAGCUAUGCACACGGACUGCAUGUGUGAUACGAACAGGAUCUUCCCCGUAAGCAGUUUUCUUUAAAGUUGUUCUUCUUGGUGCAGUAAAUCAACGAUAAAGAUGGCUUCUGCAGCGAGAAUAACGGGGAUCUUCGUUUUGUUUUUCAUCACCUUCCUGAUUGGUCUCGUGCCGUUUGCAUUGUUAAGAGUGUUCGAAAAGAAAUUGUCAAGAGAGAGCGUGAAGAAAUGGAUUGGGAUUCUGAACUGCCUGACUGGUGGAAUCUUUCUGGGAACAGCUAUUUUGCAUUUGCUGCCCGAGGCUAGAGAGCUGUUGACGGAUUCUAUCUCGUACGAGUAUCCCGUCACUGAAGCCAUUACCGGAUGUGGUGUUUUGUUGACACUCACCCUGGAGCAUUUUGUGAUAUACUAUGGUUUUAAAAAUUCACUUCAUAUGCAUGAUACAGGCCAUGGAAGUAAAAUAGAACCACAAAAGGAGGCCACAAAGGACCCAAAUAUUGAAAAUACAGAGAAAGGGGGAGAAACCGAUAUUGAGAGUAAUGCUGAAAAAUCUGGAGACAACGUGAAAGGGGAAGAACCCAAUUUCAAAUUUUUGGCUUUUCGUUCGUUUCUUCUGCUUUUGGCCCUUUCAUUUCACAUGAUAUUUGAGGGCUUGGCCGUUGGUCUACAAAAAGAGGAAGAAGAUGCUUGGCUUCUGUUGGGGGUGCUCUCUCUUCACAAGGUCGCAGUGGCCUUCAGUGUGGGGUUUCAGUUGGAAGAAAAUCUAAGAAAGUUCAAAUAUGUAAUUUUGUCUUUGUUUGUGUUGUCAAUUGUCGCACCGAUCGGAGUCGUGAUUGGAUAUAUUGUGACGGAAGCUGGUGAGGAUGCGCAUGGGCAGGAUAUUGCUUCCGGAAUCCUACAGAGCCUUUCCGUUGGCUGUUUUCUGUAUGUGACUUUCUUUGAAAUUCUUUGUGAUGAAAUAUACACAACCAAAGAAAGGAGCCAUUGGAAGGUCUUGUUUACAGUCAUUGGUUUUGCAGCUGUUGUUGGUAUUCAGUUUGUUAAACAUGAUCAUGAUGAGCACGAACAUUAGAUGACGUCAUAUGUAACAUGUGUUGCAUAAACCAAAAGAAAUGAUUUCCCGGUCUAUCACACCUCUUGGUUUGCUGUUUUUUUCCGUCCACUAUAAUUUGAUUUCUUAAAUAAAAUUUUACCGAUUUUACAA